AUGAAAACAAACAAACAAAAAAAGGAAGUAAAAGCGAAGAGGAACGUUCAGAAAGUGAAAAUUUCUGCGUUCCCCACUGAAAAGCCAUGCUGGGAAAGCCUGUCUUCAGAGAACCUCGGCUCCGAGUUCACCAGACGCCCAGCCCGGCCGGACCAGCGGCAGCCUCGUCUUCCCCGCGGCCCUCCUGCACACUCUGCUCCCGCCCCGGGGGUGCUCACCUGCGGCCCUGAGGGCUCUCGGGGCUGGGCCCUGCCUCGGAGCCACGCGCUGGUGAGCAGGGAGCACUUCGCGCUUCUGAGCCACGCAAGGAGACUGUCCCCUCUCUUCUGUCUGCAGGACAGCAACGCCUUCAGACUCCCGCGGGAGAUGGUGGAGGGCAGCCAGCUGCAGAAGGCCCAGGCUACGUCCGUCCUCCAGGAGCUGCUCCCGCCCUCCUUCAACCUCCGCCUCGCCGAGCACGCCUCGGCUGCCUGGAGCUCCCUGCUGGACCAGCUGCGUUCCGGCCUCCAUCGGCGGCUGCCAGACCUGGACACCUGCUUGCUGCGGGCUGUGGGACGGGAAGAUUGUGCCCUGGGAAUGGACCGCCCGACACUGGCCCUGAAGAGGUACUUCCGGGAAAUCCGUCUCCUGGAAGAGAAGAAGUACAGCGACUGCGCCUGGGAAAUUGUCAGAGCGGAAAUCGUGAGAUCCUUGUCUUCAUCCAACAACUUCCAAGAUAGGUUAGGAAUUAGGGAAGGGACCUGGGGUCAUCUUGAAAUGACUCUCACGGACAAAUUUGCCGUAUCCCGCCCCGCACCUACGUCUGGUCACCACUGCAAGGGGCUCUCAUUUCUGCCUUAG